AUGGGGUCAUGUGGAAUCUUUCUGCAGAAGGCCCGGCUAGCUAGUGAGUAGGUAUGUACACAGCGAUUCGGAAUUCCCUCCCACUUCCUCGCUUGGUGUUUCAAAAUUUUGCAAUGCGUUCAGCUUGCUCGAAAGGACAGGGCUGUUUGAGUGAAUCUUUUAGUUCUAUGGGGUGCCUCCCUCAUAUUCUGUAUCAUCAAUUCUGAAGAGAAGGGCCAACGAUUUCCUAUAUGAUGAUUCAAUUUGGGAGCAAUCAUGCUGUAUUUGUCUAGGGCCUGCCUACAGUACGAACAGGCAGCAGCUCUCAAUCACAGAUGCCUCCUUCGGGCGUGGUAGUGACUGGCAUACUGGUCUUCGUUCUUUGUUCAUUGAUAUCUAGCUGAGACGCAGGGUAACUUUGCAAAAGGUCACCAAAGUCGGUUCGUGCAGAAGGUCCCUAUCACUGAAGGAAAUGGGGCAGAGCCUGCUCACGAAGUUCAUCACACGUCUGUUUAGCAACUGAAGUGCGUGCAUUGUGCUUGAGAGCAAUAUUAAAGGAUCAAGCUGCUGCUUGCUGGUUCACAAUGGAUAGUUUUACCAAGCGGACUGUGGUCAUUCUUGAUAAUGGGCUGAAGAUGCGUGAGGAAGCGGGAACAUCAUGCUCCACAAGUACCCUUGGAUUUGCGCUCCAGAAGACCAUCCUCACCGAAUGCAAUGCCGCCAUGCUGGACUAUGUCCGGAUCUUCUUCUCAUUGAAAUCUGAGAAGCAUAAUCUUUGCGUUUUCAGAGCUGGAGAGUUGCCAGAGAGGAUUACAAGCUGGAGGUCUGGGGACCAGUCAUUGCAAGCAGUUGUGGACGGCCUUGCUAGCUCCCCUCAGCAGACUGUUCCAGCCUCAGCAGACAUCAAAGGCUCCUUAGAAGAAGCAUUGCUCGCGCUGCUGGAGCCGCAGCAUUCCAGUGGCUCUGAGCAGGGCAGCGAGCGAGAGAUGAGCGCAGGCACCGAGAAAAAGGGGCUUGAGAGGAGCACAUCUAGGAACAGCCGAGCAUCUCAGGGUAGCCAAGGUAGUUCCCAGCUGAACAGGGCCUUAGAAGGGUGUGGUUUGCAAGAAGACUGCUUGGAGUCACGGUAUGGGAGGCCGGUUGAGUCAAGCAGCAAGUUGGUUGAGCAACGCACGGCGUCAGCUCCUGCGCAGUUGGGGGCGAGCCUUUGCAACGUGGCCUAUACAAGCUCUGGCGCUUCGUCUGUGGGGGAAGCAGAGCCUGUUAGCGGCCAGAUUAUCCUCAUACAGGCAGACCAGGGCUCGCUUUCUCCUGACUUGAUCAGCAAGCUGCUGCUUGAAGCGGGCAGAACGGUAGACCCGCACUCAAGCUUAGCCAGCUGCGAAGUUAAUGUGCUCAGUAUUCUCCCUGGCGAGGGAAGCAAGCAGGCCCCACGCUUGAUGGGGGACCCCGAGAAUAGCGCAGAGGAUGAGGCAGCGUUGCAAGACGGGAGCGCAUUUGGCAAGGUGGAGAUGGCUGCUUCAGCUGCGGGGCCAAUUGGCAUUAAGAAGAUUACCUUGACGGCGGCACUUGUUGCGCCCUGCCUCAGGAGUAUGGCGCACCUGCACCUCGACCUGUGCACCAUUGUGAUUAGCCCGCUCAACCAGGAAAGGGAGGCGAGUGCCAGUAUCAGCAUUAUUGUCAGACGUGACAAUGAUUUGUCACCUACGCUGGGGGAAAGGCAUCGCACCCCCAGCGGUUCGGGCUCUUCUACUGACAGUGAUGUUGAAGAAAAGAAGACGCGCCUAAUCCAGCUCACCCUUGCAUCCAAGUCCGGGGGCAACGCCAGCAGCCUUGUCCCCAUCCUUCCCUGCGCUGUGUCUCACGCUGCCGUGCCAGAGCGCCCCUUGGCAAUGCCAACCAGAAACCUGGUCAGCCAUCUCGUGGGGGGCGGCUUGGCUGUGCUAUCCAACCCCCUGCUGAAGCUGCCGGUCAGGCGCGUAGCUGGGGGUCUGAAGAAGCCCCUCCCCUGUGCUACUCACAUGCUCACCUGGCAGGAGGGGCGGCUUUGGUUGCACCAACUGCAGGGGGCCGCCUGGCUUGGCUGGGGGGAGGAGGUGGCGGAAUGCACGCCCCGGGAGAAAAGAGCUCGUGCCAAUGUCGUUGCACCGACCCCCGUGCCCGGUUCCUUGGCCCGUCAGGACAGCGAAACGAGCCGGAAGCGAGUGCGUGACGUUCCCUCCCCUUCACCCAGCCCCUCCCAGCUGUACCACCACCUGAGUGUGUCAGUCCCUGACCGAAGUUCCCCAGCUCUCCCUCGAAUGGACAGCUUCAAAACCCCCAAGCCCACCGAGUUUACUCGGGCUUUCCUCCCCAAACCCCUGGUUAUCCCUAACCCAUCGUCCAUGGCUACCGAGGCGCAAUCAAUCCUGGGGUCCCCCCUGCAGCAGAGCGCUGAGCUGGCAGCGCUUCUUAGGCCGAUUACCCGGGCGUUCCUUGGGGACGACCUGGACAGGGACAAGGCGUGCCGGGCGGAGAAGUGCAUUCGCAAGCUGUGGGAGUGCACGCAGGCAAACGACCACAAGCUGCUGCCAAGGCUGGCAGAGUCGCCGAAGGCACGACAGGAGGUGUACCGCUCGCUCUGGAAGGAGCUCUGGGAGAUGUCGCGCCUCUUCAAGAACAGCUCCGAUGCGCACCGCCAGCUGGCGCAGGCCAUCGACUUCCGCCAGAUGCCGGAGCAGUUCCGGCACUGCUGUCCGCCCCCCUCGCCUGCCAGAUCACUCGACCGACGCAAGAGCCACUCUCACAUCAACAAGCGGAGGCGGUGCGAGGAGGUGCCUAGGGAUCAGGGAGGUCGCCCCAUCUUGCCCGUCAAAGUGGGACCCAGUCUCACGGUGUUUAGCCUGGGGAGGAUCGUGGCGGACAGACAGACCUUCCACAGCGACAAGUAUUUGUGGCCCGUAGGUUUCAAGAGCAUGCGCUCAUACGCCAGCAUGAAGCAGCCGGACAAGCGCAUCCAGUACUGUUGCGAGAUCCUAGACGGAGGCGCCGCUCCUGAGUUCCGCCUAACGGCUGAGGACGACCCGGACGAGCCGAUCGUGGGCGUGUCCGCUACCGCUGUCUGGACGUCCGUGGUGAAGCAGGUCACUAUGACCCGCAUGGACGAGGGGGGCAAGAAGACGUUCGCAAACGUUUCUGGCCCCGAGUAUUUCGGGUUUGCAAACCCGACGGUGGCACGGCUGCUGCAGGAGCUGCCUGGAGCAGUUCGGUGCGAGAAGUACAAGAUGCAGCAGUACGAGCCCAACGUGCCCAUGCGGAACCGCUCCCCCGGGGAGUCGCCGGCCUCCACCACCGCUUCAAGCAACAGCUGGCGCAAGGCGGACAGGUUCGGGGGAUCCCCCUUGGACGAUGACGUGUCCAUCUCAGGUUGGGAGCACCUGGGCUCCGAACUGGGCGACGACGGCUCGGACGUCGGCCUUGACUUGUCGCCUCACGAUUUCCCCGGCCUUACCCCCGACGACAUCGCCGCCUGGAUGUACCCCGACGCACACGCCAAGCCGGUAAAGAAGACCAGGGUCAGCCGCAGCUGGACUGGCCUCGUCACAAGUGCGGCCGCAGGAGGCGGAGCGCGGUCGCCGUUUCUGGGCAGCAAAUCCGAGAUGCCGUGGAGCGCUUCCGCGGUCGGUCCUGGGUUACCGGGCACAGCGCCGAGGCCGGCGGACCCGCUGGAGCCCUUGUGGCUGUUACCGGGCGAAGACGAGGGGGAUGAUGAGUUGCUGCCGGGGGACGAGAUGGCGUGGGCGACGCUGUUCAGUGCUUUUCCGUCGUCGGGUUAGGCAGGAAGCUUUGUUGUUGUGCUGCUACAGCGGCAUGAAUAUGUUUGGAGGCUAAUUGGAGAACAAGCGGAUGCAAUCUAGAGGUGUGACUGGUCCAGGCUCUUUUAAAAGGUGCAAGGAACAAGAUGGAUAGUCAAAUGGAUGACUAAGUGCGCAGAAACAUCCCGGCUUUUGGGCUGGUGCUUCUCGUAGUUUGUGGUGUUGAGCUCGCACAAUUGAUAGCCGGACCCUGGGCAAGCAAGCCUUCUGGUCGGGACAUGGACAGAAUGCACGCAUCCGCUUGCAACGCUUUAGGUAGUGUAAGGGGCGUUUGGCUGGCAGGACUUCAGGAUUGAAACGCACGCCCCUUUUCCGCUCGAUAAGUCACGCCCAUUGCAAACAGACGAGAGCCUUUUCUUCUUAGAGGGGUCUGUACAAAGACUAAAUUGACACUGCUUAGAGAGCUGUUUUCAAUGGUUUGACUAGACAAUUGUCGAAGGUUGAGGUUGUACAUUUUGGUCGGGUGUGGUCAAUGCAGCUUGCCUAUAACAGCCUGAAGUGGGUUGGGCAACUUAGCAAGGGUCGCUACUCGUAGUGGGAGCUGUCAAUACACGUUGAGACAGAUACAUUUGGGCCCUUCCAACAAUGGAUUCAAGCGAUUGAUGCUUGAUUACACGGAUUGAAGCACUUGUCU